AUGGCCUUACCUCCGGACGUUGAAGCAGCAUACACAAAGAUCAUUGACUCUAUUCUUGCUGAAAGCGACUUGAACACCAUCUCAGAGAAGCGAAUCCGAAAGGGUCUUCAAGCUGCUGUCGACCAUGACAUCACUCCGCAAAAGAAUGAGAUCAAACAGUUAAUUCUCGCUCGUUUCGAUAAGGCGAGCGAGCGAGCAUUCGCCGCAGACGCUACAGUAGAUGGCUCUGGUGCGCAAUCCAACGGGCAUGCCACGGCCACCACCGAGGCCCACAGAUCAUCCGACGAACCGUCCUCCCCGCCGCCAUCCAAACACAAGAGAGAGCACGAUUCUGUCGAAUACCCCGAAGAGAGCGCCCCGCCCGCCAAGAAGAAGAAACAGGACUUGAUUGACGAAGACGCAGUUUUUGCUGCAAAGCUUCAAGCCGAAGAGAAUAGCCGCGCGCGACCCACACGAGCCGGGGCAACGCGCCGCAAGCCCGUCGUGAACAAGAAGAAAUCUUCAACCAAGAAGAAGUCUUCAAACAAAGUCGCCUCUGACGGUAGCGACGCAGGGUCAGGCUCUGAUGAUGAAGGGAAAGACGAGAAGAAAGUCAACCGAACAGGCGGAUUCCAUAAACCCUUACUCCUAUCGCCGGCCUUAUCUGAACUUGUCGGCGGCGAGACAAGCAUGUCUCGACCCCAGAUUGUAAAAAAUGUCUGGGCCCAUAUUAAGGAACAUGGCCUCCAAGAUCCCAAUGACAAGCGACAAAUCUGCUGCGAUGAUGCCAUGCGCGCCGUCUUCAAACAAGACCGCGUACACAUGUUCACCAUGAAUAAGAUUAUCAACCAAAACGUCUAUGCCAUGGACGAAUGA